AGGGAGGGCGGGCGAGGGGACAGCACUGAGCAUCCGGGACCCGACCGGCCGGGCGAGAGGCAGGGCGCCGCGAUCUCUGUGGGAAAGCGCAAACUCCGCGGGCCCCGCGGGGCCGUGCAGGGGACCUUCUCGGCCCGCGCCCGCCCGCCCGCCCUUUCCAUCCUCUGCCGCCCGCAGACCACUCCGGGCUCGGUUAUCCGCGCGCGCGCCCGCGGGCUCGGGCCCAUCUCCAGCCUCGAGGGAGCCGCCGCCUCCACCGACACCUCUGCAGCGGCCGCGCCCGAGGCCGCCCGGGUGGAACCCCGGCGUGAGCACCGAGCGCGCGACCCCCGGAGCCGCCCCCAGCACGGACCGCGCCCGCCGGGCACACAAGAAUGGUCACUCAGAUACUCGGGGCCAUGGAGUCUCAGGUGGCAGGGGGCCCGGCCGGCCCGGCCCUGCCCAAUGGGCCACUCCUUGGUACGAACGGAGCCACUGACGACAGCAAAACCAACCUCAUCGUCAACUACCUGCCCCAGAACAUGACCCAGGAUGAGUUCAAGAGCCUCUUCGGCAGCAUCGGUGACAUUGAGUCCUGCAAGUUGGUUCGGGACAAGAUCACAGGGCAGAGCCUCGGCUAUGGGUUUGUGAACUACUCUGACCCCAACGACGCAGACAAAGCCAUCAACACCCUCAACGGCCUCAAACUGCAGACAAAGACCAUCAAGGUGUCCUACGCCAGGCCCAGCUCGGCUUCCAUUCGGGAUGCCAACCUGUACGUCAGCGGGCUGCCCAAGACCAUGAGCCAGAAGGAGAUGGAGCAGCUCUUCUCCCAGUACGGCCGCAUCAUCACCUCCCGCAUCCUGGUGGACCAGGUCACAGGCGUGUCUCGGGGCGUGGGGUUCAUCCGCUUUGACAAGAGGAUUGAGGCCGAGGAGGCCAUCAAAGGACUGAACGGGCAGAAGCCACUGGGUGCGGCCGAGCCCAUCACGGUCAAGUUUGCCAACAACCCGAGUCAGAAGACGGGGCAGGCCCUGCUGACGCACCUGUACCAGUCGUCGGCUCGGCGCUACGCAGGCCCCCUGCACCAUCAGACACAGCGCUUCCGGCUGGACAACUUACUCAACAUGGCCUACGGAGUCAAGAGUCCCCUGUCGCUCAUCGCCAGGUUCUCGCCCAUCGCCAUCGACGGCGUGAGCGGCCUGGCGGGCGUGGGCCUGGCGGGGGGCGCCGCGGGCGCCGGCUGGUGCAUCUUCGUGUACAACCUGUCCCCGGAGGCGGACGAGAGCGUGCUGUGGCAGCUGUUCGGGCCCUUCGGGGCCGUCACCAACGUCAAGGUCAUCCGCGACUUCACCACCAACAAGUGUAAGGGCUUCGGCUUCGUCACCAUGACCAACUACGACGAGGCGGCCAUGGCCAUCGCCAGCCUCAACGGCUACCGCCUGGGCGAGCGCGUGCUGCAGGUGUCCUUCAAGACCAGCAAACAGCACAAGGCCUGAGCCGCCGCCCUCCCACUCCCCGGGCAGCAGAGAGAGAGAGAGAGAGAGAGGGAGGGAGGGAGGGAGAGAGAGAGGGAGAAGGGGCCCGAGAGAGACAGCGGGCAGACCACGGACAGCACGAGGCCCCACACCCCUGCGAAGCCACAGGGUGAGCACUCGGGCUGGGAGGGUCUGCAGGGAAUGGGGGGUGCCUGGGGCCCCCCACCCCGCCCUCCUGCCCCUCCCCCAGGCUGGGCUGUUCACUCUCUCGUCUUGGUUUUGUUCAUGGAGAUGGUUUUUGUUUCUUUUUUUCGGCUGAAAAGAAAGCAGAGAUGUGCCCCCACCCAACCGUCAACCAGCUGCUCAGGAUGGUUUUGGGCGGGUGCUGGGUGCCCUCCGGGCUCCCCACGCAAAGGUGAGCCUGAGUGGGGGAGGAGACAGGUUUAAAAAUCCCCAACAAAGCGAAACAUGAGAGGGCCGUGGGCAUCCCUGCCCCCUCGGUGCGUUGUGAGGAGCAGGGUGAGGGGCUGGAAACAAACAAAAUGGAAAAAAAAAAAAGGGGGGGGGGGGGGGGGGGGGGGGGAGAAAAACUCUAUUUUUGUAAAAAGGGGAAAAAGACCUCGUGGAGAAUUUUUACUGGGGAUUCUUGAACUUGAAAAAAAAAAAAAACACACACACAAAAAAAAAGACAAAAAAAAAAAAAAGAAAAUAUUUUGACAGGUUAUGUUUACCAACGGGGGCAAAGACGGGAUCAGGGCUUGGGGCCGGGGCCCAGGGGCCACACAGAGACACACGCCACAGGAACACACAGCACUAACCCUGACACACAGGACCCGGCCAGACGCAGACAGGGAGGCACGCACGGAAGACCGGAGGACGGAGCCACGUACGCGUGGCAGCCGUCGAACAGACGUGGCAGACGUGGCCGCAGGCAGAGGUGGACAGAGGUGUGCUGGACCUGCAAACAUUUCCAUGCUCUCACGUGAACACAUGACAGUGGAGACAUACAUUUGGAGACACAAACCUAGACACCCAGAAACAGACACAACACCCAGGAACACAGACACGCCCACAGUCCCUCGGACCCAGGCGCCCAGCCCCUCCCGGUGCCCUGCCCCCUCGCCCCCACCCCGGGGUCUGCAGAGCUCUCUCCGGGCUCCUCAGCGGUCCGCGCCGCCGUGAGCACAGGCGUGGGCACCGCGCCCUGCAUCCAGACACACGAUACCUCGUUCACUUUUGGCAUCACGAUGGGCUGGAGGCAGCACCCCCAACACUUGAGGCCAAAGGACCCCUAGUCCCUGGGGCUGAGCCUCCCCCAGCCCAGGCCCCGGCCCGUGAGGCCGAGGGCGAGGCCAGGCCUUUGCCUCCCCAUCAGGCUCAGGGGCCCAGCCCCGCGUCACCCCCUUGAUUUUGUUGGGUUUUUCCAUCUUUCCGAUGAGUGAGGGCGGUGCACACGGCUCCCAUCCCAAGCCCCAGCCCUGGCUUCUGUCUGGACGUCCCACUCCCCUGGUUUUCUUUCUUUUGUAACGAAAAGUUCCAACGGAAGCCCGAGGCGGAGCCCCCGGGAGCCCUCGCAGCCCCACCCCUGGCCGUGGGCCCCGUCAGAACAGAGUCGCAAACCCCAGUUUUAGAUUCAGUUGCCCUUUCUCCGGUGUCCUGCUUUGGUGUCUGGCCAUGGCCCCCUCUGACUGCCCAGCUCUCUCUCCCCACCCUCCCUGGUGUUUGUUAUUAAACGUCUGUGGAGCUUCUGCUGCAAGGAACAAAAAAAAAAUUUAAAAAGCAACAAAAAAAUACAAACAGAAGAGAAAAACAACAAAAAAAGGAAGAAAAAAAAAAAAACACACCGAAGAGAUUUUAAAAAAGACAAAAAAAAAAAAAAAAAAAGACAUAAACUGGCACCAGUUAACUUUCUUGUACUUUUUUGCCGAAUUUAGCUUCUUGUAGUUUUAACUUAUUGCUAUGUUAACUAUUUAUUCUUGUUGCCCUGUAAGGACAUUUGUGUAUAUUUCUGUUCCUUCAUCCAGUUUGCAAGUUUAAAGGAACCAUGAUGUUCUCUUUGUUUCUUUAAGUUUUUGCUGAGACGUGGUUAUGCCUAAUUUAUUUAUAAAGGGAAAGUGGAAUCAUUAAAGUAAUAAUUAUUAAUAACAGGAACGGUAGCCGGUGGCAGCGGCGGGGCGGCCCCCGCUGGGCCGGCGACGUCUGGUCUCAAUGGGAUUCUUUUUGCUCGUCUUGAGAGGAUUUUUUCCGUCCUAUUUAGCUGGUGAAAACCUUAGCUUGUUCUUGAUACAUGAACUUAUUUAUUCUUGUGGUUUUUAAGUCCUGACCUCCCGGCUCCCCUCCAGCAGGCCAGGCCCCCAGCGGGUCCCUCCCUCCCCCUGUGUCUUGGGGCUUUCUCCCCUCUGCCCUCCCUGCACGCAGGGACACGUGCGCGCACGUGGGCAGUGGCGGGGCAUCCGUGAGCAAUAAGGGCGGGGCUGUCCCCCACCCUGGGGGUGCUGGUUCUGGAGAGGGCACCUCCCCACAGACCCCCCCACACCGAGGCCUAGGCCCCUGCGACCCCCCGACCGGGAGUGCGCUUCUUUUCCUAAAACAUGGAACUCGGCCCAGCCAGCCGGGCCCUGCGGGAGCCGGCCCAGGGGAGGGGUCCGUGGGGAGGGGGCUCAGGCCCUCAAGCCCUCCCUUCAUCCUGUUAUUUAUUGGAAGGUUUCGCAUCAUGACAGAGUCCAUAUGUUGGAGAUGAUAAAGAACUGCAAA